AUGGGGGCUUCUUCUGUCGCCAGUGAUGACUCGGUCAACGACGGCUCCUUCAUUGUCGACAUCGACGCCAUUCAGGCCCAUGGAAUCGGUGCUGUUGACAUCGCCAAACUCAAGGCCAAUGGGUAUUACACAAUUGCCGCAGUGCAUGCGGCGACUAGAAGGAGCUUGGCCAAGAUCAAGGGGUUCAGCGAGAUCAAGGUCGAUAAGGUCAAGGAUGCUGUUUCCAAGUGCCAGCCUGCUGGUGGUGGCUUUCAGACUGCCCAGGAGCUUGGACAGCAACGGAAGAGGGUGACCAAGGUAUCGACAGGAAGCAAGCAGUUCGAUGCCAUCCUUGGAGGGGGAUUCCAGACAAUGAGCAUCAGCGAGGUCUUUGGCGAGUUUCGUUGUGGAAAGACGCAGCUCUCUCACACGAUGUCGGUUGUCGCGCAGCUUCCUAGAGAUAUGGGUGGCGCCGAGGGUAAAGUCGCUUAUAUAGAUACAGAAGGAACGUUUAGGCCAGAGAGGAUUGCUCAGAUCGCGGAGCGCUUUGGGGUCGAUCCUGAGACUGCUCAAGAGAACAUCACCUACGCUCGUGCUGUGAAUUCCGAACAUCAGAUGGAGCUUCUGAACAAAAUCGCCGAGUUCUUCGUCGGAAAUGAGUACCGCCUGCUUAUCAUCGACAGCAUCAUGGCCUUGUUCCGGGUCGACUUUGUCGGUCGUGGUGAGCUCAAUGAGCGUCAGCAGAAACUCAACCAGUUUCUUUCCAAACUGACGCAUGUUGCUGAAGAGUUCAAUAUUGCUGUGCUCAUGACAAACCAAGUUCAGAGUGAUCCUAGUGCAAGUGCUUUAUUUGCCAGUGCAGAUGGUCGCAAGCCAGUAGGCGGUCACAUUCUCGCACACGCAUCUGCAACCCGUAUUCUGCUUCGCAAAGGCCGCAAUGAAGAACGUGUUGCCAAAAUACAGGACUCUCCAGAUAUGCCUGAGAAGGAAGCAACUUACAUCAUCACCAACGGUGGUAUCAACGAUCCAGAAAAAGUAUGA